CCUAAAACCGGGAUAUACACAAUAUAGAUAUACAUUAUAUAUUUUUCUAGAUACACAAAAAAAAGGCUGGCCCUUGAUAACCACGUUAAAACUCUGCGGCAAAAGUGACAUUAUACCUAUGUAUGUACAUGUAUAACAUACAUGAUAGCGGUAACGUGAUAUGGGUAUUGUAAAUAUUCCUGUAAAUGAGGAGUAUAGAUGUCAACAAAACGAGUGUCACCGUCUCUUAGAUUGCCUGUAGUGAAGAGAAUAUGUAUGUACCUAAUUCCGCGUGAACACGAUUGACGGGUCCGAAAGGGCCACUCGAGAGUCGAGUCCCUCUGUCGGCUGAUGAUGAUUGCUUACUCGAUCCACCGUGACGCCGGUGAAGAGUAACGUCCUCAAAACAAUGAACGUGAAAGAGAUACUUCGAUUCUUAUAUUCUUGGCAUAGCUCCAUCCCCCAACUUUGCCGACGGUACGUUCAACACCCUGGAUGAAAAGCUAAUAUUCCGUCAUCUGCACGUUCCUGUCGACAACUUUCUCUGGCAAUAAGUGUGACGAGCAAAAAGUGAGGUAAGAGGAUGGAGAAAAGGGGGAGCUGAAUGUACGUCGAUGGUGGCAAAGUACCGCGGAUGAGAACAAGCACCACUUUGCCUUUGAAAUUAGCUACAUCGAAUUCGAGCGAUACCUUGGCGAUAGAACAGGCGUAUACAUUCGGUGUCGAGGAAACUAAUUCAGAACGAACGCAGCCGAUACAAUUCCACGAUUACGGAAUCUAGCCACGUAUUUCAUUUUGGGGAUGUCGCAGUGAACUUUGCCAAGUGUUUAAUGCCCCCAUUUAUCUCAAGUGUCUGAUAAUUUUCACACCCAUUAUGGUGUUCAAUUUACACGUUCAGGUGAAAAUUGGUCCUCCUUUCACUUUAUUCCCAAAGAUCCAAGUCUUCUGGAACAUUUAUAUCGAUAUUUCGAGGUAUCGUGACUUCUCGAGGCGCAAGCCUCGACAGAGGAGGGAACAUCGUGCUCCACCGCUUAUCGAUCGGCUGGUAUGUAGUCGAAGCCUGCGUAAGGGAGGGUUGUAGAAGGAAACGUGCGGUGCAACCCUACCGUACUCUCCAUCCACAUGUUACUCAAAGAAGUAGUAACGGAUGGGAUCUUGGGGCAGUUCAGGGACUGGUUCCCUACUCGCUCGGAGGAGAACCGAACAAAGGUCACCGUUAGUUUCCCAAGUCCAUUCGUGCAGAGAAAACUUUCCUCGGAUUGUCAACGCCGACGAUGAAAACCGAGAUAAAUCCGUCAACUGUAGCUGGAGCUAUCAUAUCGUCUUGACAACCUUGAUUGCCGUCAUUCUAAUCGGAACCAUCGCAACAGUUACGUUUUCCCGUACCAUUUCAGUAGCUCACCUAAUCCAGACACCAAAGACCGCGACACUCCAUCCUCCUGAUCCACUGGAUCAACAGCCUCCUUCGUGGAGUAAGCUUAGAGUUUUUCGACGUGGCGCGGUUUGCGUCGAUGGACAGCAAUGCGCUGUAACAGGCAGGUCGAUUCUAAAACGAAACGGAUCGGCAGUGGACGCAGCAAUAGCAGCGAUGAUCUGCAACGGUCUGAUAAACAUGCAGAGCAUGGGGUUCGGUGGUGGUUUCCUGAUGACAAUAUAUCAAAGGUCGAGCCAACAAGCAGCAACCCUCGACGCCCGUGAAUGCGCACCUCGUGCUGCCGAUUCCGACACUUACAAUGGUCACCCGGCUCUUGCAUCGCAGAUUGGUCCUCUGGCUAUACCCGUUCCCGGAGAAUUGGCCGGAUACUGGACCGUCCAUCAACGCUUCGGCCGGCUGCCUUGGGCCGAGCUCUUCGAGCCAAGUAUCAAGAUCUGCGAGGCCGGCUACAAUCUGACCAAAGUCCAAUACGACUCGCUCGGCAUGAACAGCGAGGCCAUCUACACAGAUCCCAGUUUGAGGUCAUGGUUCGUGGACGAAAACACAGGUGCCUUUCAGCCCCCUGGCACCAUAAUUCGCCCGACUAAGUUAUGCGAAACGAUGCGACUAAUCGCGGCUACAAACGCUACUGAAUUUUACAACGGAAGUCUGGGUAGACUUUUCAUCGAGGACAUCAGGAGACGGGGGAGCAUUUUGGAUCAAGAAGACCUCGCGAUGUAUAGGGCCAAAUGGAUAUCACCGAUAACGACGAGGCUUUCUACUGGAGAAACGCUUUACACUAUUGGACCACCCGGAAGCGGUUCGAUCCUCGCCUUCAUUCUCAACGUCCUCGAUGGAUACGAUUUCAGUCCCUCAAGCAUGGCGACCCCACAGGCGACUUUGACGACCCAUCACCGUAUCAUCGAGGCUUUCAAGUACGCGUACGCUUUGCGUACCGAACUUGCAGACCCCACCUACGUUGACUUAUCAACUCUACUCCAUAAUCUGACCUCCAGAAAUUUUGCUGACGAGGUGAGACGACGAAUAAAUGAUCACAGAACUUCGAACGAUCCUCGUCAUUAUGGGGAACACGCGCCGGGUAACAACGGAGAUCAUGGUACUGCUCACGUAGCAAUAUUAGCCCCUGACGGUGACGCCGUGUCCGUGACGAGCAGCGUCAACCUUUAUUUUGGUAGCGGUGUCGUAAGUGAGCGAACCGGGAUCCUGACAAGCAGCAGCAUGGACGAUUUUGGUGUGUCGUCGCGAAGAAGCUACUUCGGGCUUCCGGCUAGCCACAACAACCGAAUCGAGCCUGGUAAAAGGCCGCUCUCUUCGAUGUCGCCUAGCAUAAUCGUCGACGCGCAUGGCGACGUUCGAAUGGUGGUGGGAGCUGCAGGCGGGACAAAAAUCACCACAGCGGUUGCAUACGUGAUCGCGAGGCACCUGUGGAUCAAAGAGACGAUUAAAGAGGCAGUUGACGCGGCGCGGAUCCAUCACCAGCUCAUUCCUAUGGAGGUAUCCUACGAGUACGGUGUUCCCAAGUCUUUGGUCGACGGCCUGCAUGCCAUGGGACACGAGACAUCAAGGUACCGCGACCGCGGAAGUGUCGUGUGUGCAAUUGUACGUGUAAACGGCACGGUCUACGCUAAUGCCGAUUACCGCAAGGGUGGCGAGGUGUAUGGUAUCGAUUGACGAAGGUGCAAAUCAGGCAAAGUGAAACGUAGUUCCAAUUCCGAUUCUCUGAAACAUACCAUUUGCAGAACUAUAAUACAUAUAUGUAGACCUCAGGUGAACCACAAUUUACAUUUCCACAACUGUUUUCGCCCUUUUUUCUGUAUAAACUUAACACGAAUAAGACCGAAUAAUUUUGCAGCGUGUCAACAGAAUCAGACGCUUGCUACGAAAUGCAAAGAAUAUACUGCUUAGUUUUAGUUUGUUCUAAUAACGAACGAAUAUGUUAUGUCGGAACCUCGGUCUGCAAUAUAAUGAUAUUUUUAUAUAUAUCGAAAGAAACUCUUGAGCAAAUCUCGUUCUUCGUAUCUCUCAGAGGAUAAUUUAUGUACGCGAUCGUAGCCACGCGAAAUCAAGUGCAUAAUAAGUCGUGAAAAGAUACUAUGAACUUUACACCUUAUAUUAUACAUUCGUGUUGACGUAUAACGAUACUGUAUCAUUCGAAUGUACGUAUCGUGUAUACAAAAACAUUGCAACGUCAAACAGAUAUAUUUAAUUUCGCAAACACGUGGAAGCUCCAACCAAGGAGUGCAGCAAGUAACAAUAUUACAAUAUUCUGCAUGGCUUGCAAAUGUAUCGAGAUAGUAAUUAUAAGAUUUGCCUUUUUCUUCUUUUUACAAAUUUCUCUCACGACAUUAUGCGCAAGUUAUCAAACUCAUAUCAACUUCAUAUUGUGCAGCUGCACUUGACGUAUGUAUACUGCAGCGUAUGCGUUAUACGCCGCAUUAAAAUAUAUAUUACUCGUCUAUUUGUCAACUAGAGUCGUCUGCACGCUAUCUCUGCCAAUAUCUUCAACCUUUCAAUCAAUCUAUCAAUUGAUUCGACCUACGCAUGUUAUUCAUACGCAAGUAUAAUCAACCUGCAGGUGAAUUUAGAAGUCGUAGAACGUUUGGCAACAAGGUAUGUGCGAUUCAUAUUUACAUAUGUACAGAAUGUACGACAAAGAUUAUUCUGGGUUGUAAUUGGUUCACCUAAGUAAGAAACGUUAUCGCUUAGCGAUUAGGUGGCAUAGAUAUAAAUAUUCUAUACCUGUGUUCGUUGAAACUGUGGUGGAAUAGUUGUCAAUAUAGCCGAUGGGUAGAUAUGCCUAGACGGGUCGUAGAUAUCGAAACUUCUGUACAAAUAUCAGGUGUAACCGUUUUCACGAAAAAAAUGAACUGCCCAUUAGUAGUAUAAGCUAUUUUAAGCUCACGCGAAGAACGUGCGGCCAAAUAUUAUUUUUUUUUAUUAUUCAUACGGAGGUAUGAAAUGAGUUCAAAUUUAUAUGGUCAAGGAGACAACUGUUCAACCAUUGACACAGCUGGUUGAAAAUUAGACGCAAAAGAAUCCUUGCUCAUUUUCAAGAAUUUUAUACACGUGUCGAAUCGAUUCGUGACUCAUUAUUUUUUAUCUUCCUGCUUUGACACAUUAUUAUUGCCUGUGUGACGGUUCGAUGGGAAAUUCAAGACUUCUUUUUUUUUCAAAAGAAAGGUACGUAAGAAAUAAGAAGCGUAAUUUUCCGUAAUUAAAAAUAAGUGAUUACAACACUGCAUUUUUCAUAUCAUUGAAUAAUACUCGCAGUAUCAAGUAUAAGUAAACAAUAUGGAACUAUGGAAAUUGUUUGCAUAGGAUUAAAUCUAUAAAGAUAUGCAACUAAUCUAAAAUUAGACUCCGUAGCAACUUACAAUUGAAAGACAAACAUAUCGUACAUUCGAGAUUAAAAGAUUUGAAAGAAAAGUGGGGUCCAACGUUGAUUAGAUGUAUACAUGUUUACAUUCAAGUCUGAGAACAAGAACAACAGCAACCAAAACAGGAUGAUACUAUCAUCAUCAAGCUGGAGAGAGGAAUCGAAUACUUGUGUAUGUACAUAUAUACAUAUGCGUCUGAGAUAUCGACGGGCUAAUUAAUUUACGAGAAAUCAGUGACAUUCUAGCGUAUCUUAAUCUGCGUCAAAUAAAGAUAUAGCGAUGAUGAAAAACGAUAUUCUAUUCGAUCGGUAAAUAAGCCGCCUGCAUUCAAUUUGCGCAUUGUGGCAUAAUCGUGAGCAAUAUAUGCGCUCUGAUUAGCAUCAAUAAAAUUAAAAAAUAACACAACUCGAGCAAAUGGUUAAAAUCUAUAACAUCCAGACCUCGAAGGUUUCACGAAAUUUUGUAUUUUUAAAAAUUCUAACGCUACCCGUUGACCUAGAUCAAUAAUAUUAGGCGAGCAUGGCUCCGCUAAUCCACCCAGAGUGAAGUACCUCUUCAUCGCUAGCCUAAUUUUUAGAUUUUCAUUUCACGUGCAAAAUAAAUUAAUUACUUUUGCGUAAAAUGCAUACAGCUGGUGUAUAAUUGUUGCUUCCCAUGAAAACUGGACCUAUGUAUAAUGGAUUCGAGCAAAAUCGCAUACGCCAAGGCGCGCCUCACGCCUAGCACCGCUUCUGGGCGAAGAGCUGUGGAUGUUGACAAUGGUUCAUGCGCGAGGCGAUGACGCGGUCCAAUGGGAGAUCGAGGUUGCGGCUGAAAGGCAAAAAACACGUUUGUGUUGGUGGUGUAUAUAAUAAGACAGGAAACCGGGGGAACGACGCAGUAUCGAGCGGAUCGUCCGUGAAGGUAGAAGCGGCGAUAGAAAAGCGCAUCGACAACGAAUAAAACAAAAUAUCAAGAAGAUAAAUUUUUCUCCUGUUUGCAUUAAAUUGCAAAAUCAAUACUACGCACGAUAUACUUCGCAUCUAAAACCCGAAAUAAAACUUUAUAAUCGAGCAAU